UAGGAAAGUCUUUUAUUCGCUAAUGGAUUACAGACUUUUUCUCGGAUAAAUGAAAUAGGAACUUUCUCUAACUGUCGCUGAUUCCCACACUAGCGCAACCAAUUAGGCAUUUAAUUACUUUUGUUGCACAUCGUAUUCUCGACAUCCUUAACGCGCUUCAAAAGCGGAAUUUGUUUAUCACUGAUAUAUAAGGUAUGAUAUAUAUCAGUGUUAUUUAUCACAUUUAGUGAUCCAGGGUAAUUUCUCCUUGGCCUAAGGCAUGUGAUGUGGUUUCUAAUUACGUCUCUGGUUGUUUUUGGCCUAUGAUCACUAGAUCUUCGACGAAUGGGCCAUUUAACCUGGAUGCACACCGACGUCGAGCGACGUCCGUUGCGUGAUAUCCUUUGUAGAAAUAUAUGUAUUUAUAUAUGUAUUAUCGUAUACUGAAGUGACGCGCGUUCUUAGUGCGAGCUCUUCAACAUAGAUACAUAUAAUUCUACACAGACGUUACGCAACACGUUGAUUCGACGCUCGUGUUGUCUCGUCCGUAGAAACUUGGGAUUAAUGACUUUUGUGGAUGCUAUUGAGACUGAUAACAAAACUUGAACAAAAAGAUACAUACAGAUGAGACUAAUUGAAGCGACACAUAAAAAAUAGUUUUCUUAAAAAUAGCUUUGCUGGCCCGUAUGUCACAAAUCAUAUUGAUUGUUGACACACCAAAGGUUUUUAGUUGUACGUGUCUUUGGUCGCUACAAAUUUAAGAAUUUAUAUAAAUUGAACUGACACAAACAAGUGGAGGUGACAAAUGGUAUCAAUUUAUAUGGACUACGUGAUCAUUUAACACAUUGCAUACAAUACAAUACAUACAAUUGCAUACAUGUGUAGUGCAAUAUAUUAAUACAAAUCAUGAAAUUACAUCUUCGUGAUUAUAUACAUUACUUUGCAUUUAUUCAAAAAAUAAAAUUAAAAUGCUAAGUAUGUUACUUUUGUAAAAAUGCACAUAAACUAACUAAUUCAUAAGAAAGAAAUCUGUGUAGUAGUAAAUCAAAGGUUAAAAAUACAUGCACGAUACGAUUAUAUUGUGACAAUUUCCUGUACCAUAUCUGUACAGCAUCCGGAAUUAAAGAUUUCUAAUUGGAACAUGGAAAUUCUAGGAUGAUGAAGAAAUUUCUAUACCAUGGAUACAAAAAGAUAGAAAUAAUACAUCUGAAGCAAGUCUUUAUCGAUCGAUACCAAGUAAUUUAAAUGCAGAAUCUAUACAAACUUUGUAUCAAAGUGUUCGUAAUAUCUCAUCAUUAAAUAAUACUACAAGUAUGAGUAUGAAUAGUAUGCAUAGCGCAAUCUCCCUCCAAGAUAUUGAACGAUCAUAUAAUGAUGAUUUAUCAACCCUUAAUAAUGGAACAACAGUUGAUGGUAGUUGUACAGAUUUAAGGAAUAGUAGAAGAAGUUCAAAAUCGAUUUCAAAAUGUGGAACAGCUUUUAGUUUAUAUUUUCGUGACGAAGUUCGUACAAUUGAUUUUGUAAUUGUUUGGGAUGAGUACAAUGUGGAAGCUCAAACAUAUCGCUGUACUGAAUAUAGACGUGUAUUUGAAAAGAAUUUGGAGAAGGAAGGUUUACAGUUAGAAUAUGAACAGGCAGAACCGAACGGUCUUCAUUUUAUAAAAAUUCAUGCACCUCGAGAAGUACUAAGACGGUAUGCUGAAAUAUUAAAACUUAGAUUGCCAAUGAAGGAAUUACCUACGGUGUUAAUUCCUGAAAAUCGUAGUAACGCAUUAAUUAAAGAAGUCAAUUCGUUAUUCAAGAGAAUUAUGAAAAAAUAUUAUGUAGACCAAACAAUAUUUCCAACUAUGAGACAUAAUUUUACGGCUGUUUAUAGCCGCGAUAAAGAGUACUUAUUCAGUUUGGACUCGCCAAACUUUUUUACUGCCGCAACACGUGCUAGAAUUGUACAGUUUAUUUUAGAUAGAACCAGAUUUACAGAAACCAAGGAUGAUGAUUUUGCAUUUGGGAUAGAAAGGUUGAUUUCGGAAAAAGCAUACAUAGCCGCAUAUCCUCUUCACGAUGGGGAUUUACAAGCACCAGAUUCUAUGAGGUAUCUUUUGUACAAAGAAUGGGCAUGUUUAAAAAAAUGUCUUCACUAUCAACCAUUGGAUUAUAUCAAAGAAUAUUUUGGAGUAAAAAUUGGACUUUAUUUUGCUUGGCUCGGAUUUUAUACACAUAUGCUGAUACCUGCUAGUAUCGUAGGCCUUUUAUGCUUCAUAUACAGUUGCGCGACUUUGUAUUCUAACGAACCAAGCGAAGAUGUUUGUAAUGGUAAGGGUAUCAUUCAAAUGUGUCCCUUAUGUGAUCAUUUUUGUGGAUAUUGGGAUUUAAAGGAAACGUGCUUACAUGCAAGAAUUACGUAUUUGUUUGAUAAUCCAUCAACCGUGUUUUUUUCUAUAUUUAUGUCAUUAUGGGCUACAUUGUUUUUGGAAUUGUGGAAGAGGUAUUCAGCAGAAAUAACUCACAGAUGGGAUUUAACUGGUUUAGAUGCUCAAGAGGAACAUCCUCGUCCUCAGUACUUAGCACGUUUAGCACAUAUAAAAAAGAAAUCGCUCAAUAUUAUUACAAAUACCGAAGAACCGAAAGUUCCCUUUUGGAAAAUGAGAGUUCCUGCUACAAUUCUCAGUUUUUCCGUCGUUUUAUUGCUGAUUGCAAUAGCAAUGGCUGCAGUGUUAGGUGUUGUUUUAUAUAGAAUGUCUGUUUUAACCGCCUUAAGUGUUUAUGGACAUCCUAUGGUAACAAGUUAUGCAAUAUUAUUUACAACAGCUACUGCAGCUAGCAUUAAUUUGUGCUGCAUUAUAGUAUUUAAUUGGGUCUAUGUUUGGUUAGCUGAAUAUUUAACCGAAAUUGAACUGCUUCGAACUCAAACUGAAUUUGAUGAUAGUUUAACAUUAAAAAUAUAUUUACUCGAAUUUGUUAAUUACUAUGCUUCCAUAUUUUAUAUAGCAUUUUUUAAAGGAAAAUUCGUUGGUUAUCCGGGAAAUUAUAAUCGCUUUUUCGAAUAUCGACAAGAAGAAUGUGGCCCUGGUGGCUGCCUUAUGGAAUUAUGCAUACAAUUAAGCAUUAUCAUGAUUGGCAAGCAGGCUAUGAAUACAAUAUUAGAAAUGUUGUUUCCACUAUUUUACAAAUGGUUAAAUACUUUAAAAGUACAUGUUGGGAUGAAGACAAAAGAUGGGCAGAAAAAAGUUACUACUCGGAAAUAUCUUCAAUGGAUUAAGGAUUAUAAAUUGGUGGACUGGGGUCCAAGAAGUUUAUUUCCUGAGUAUUUAGAAAUGGGUAGCGUGUUACAAUAUGGAUUUGUUACUAUCUUUGUUGCUGCAUUUCCGUUAGCACCAUUUUUUGCACUGUUGAAUAACGUUUUUGAAAUGAGAUUAGAUGCCAAAAAGUUAUUGACAAUGUACAGAAGGCCAGUUGGACAACGUGUUACAGAUAUAGGCAUAUGGUUCCGUAUUCUUGAUUCUAUUUCUAAGUUAUCAGUUAUAACUAAUGCAUUCAUUAUAGCUUUUACUUCUAAUUUUAUACCAAGACUAGUUUAUCGAAUAACUGUCUCUGAUAAUUAUUCUCUGGAAGGAUUUCUAGAUCAUUCUCUCUCCAAAUUUAAUACAAGUGACUUAAAAAAUGGUACUGAACCAUUUUUACCUUCUCACGAGCAGGUUGAAAUAUGUAGAUAUCCAGAUUAUAGGGAACCUCCUGAAUCGCCAAACAAAUAUCAAUAUACAAUUAUGUUUUGGCACGUACUUGCAGCGAGACUUGCUUUUAUUGUUGUAUUUGAGAAUGUUGUUGCUUUGGUCAUGAUAUUCGUGCGAUGGUGUAUCCCCGAUAUCCAUCCAAAGUUAAGGGAUAAAAUUCGACGCGAGACGUAUAUAACUAAUGAAAUAAUUAUUCAACAAGAAGCACUUCGUGCUCGUGAGAGUUCCGCUAAUGAUGUAGAAACAAAUCAACAUAUUACAUUAAAUGAAAACACGAAUCGAUGGAACAGAGUCAUAAGAAAUAGUUUAUCUAAUUCUGAAUUUGAUUUAGAAGUUCAUGGAAGUCCUGUAUCACCGACUAGUACACAUUCACGAGUUGGUCCUGCCGCGUUAUAACCAUUUUGCAGACCAAAUUAACGAAAUCAAUAGAAAGUAAUAACUGUGAUGCUAGUCACACCUACAUAUAUUGGUUUCAUUAAUCUGAUUUCCAAAUGAAUGUGUUUGAAAAAAUUAUUUAAUAGAAAUAUAUAAAAAGUAUAACUAAUAUUAAUAAUAAAGAAAAAUAAGAAAGAUGA